GAGACUGUUGCAGACAAAGGAAAAUGAUGCAAGGGCUGAAAUUACAGUGUGCUGGCAACAUAAAAAUUGUAACAAACCGGGGCACAGUCAGGGCGAAAGCAAGGAGGGAAAAUGCACCUACAGAACAGUUAAUUAAAUUUAACUUUUCUUUGCAGAUUGGUUGAGACGCGAGGAGAGGCAAUGAGCUAAUUGUGUCCUGAUCCUUGCCUUGGGGGGUUUCAAUGCCCUACAGCGACUCGCUCUCUCUCUCCCUCUGUCUCUCUCUCUCUCGCCUACCUUAGAGCCAGCCUCUGUAAGACGGUCUACAUUCUCUCCCGUGUAUCGUGGGGAGCGGAGCGGAGAGGCGACACACCGUCCGCCACCCUUCAUUGUAGCAGAUGCUGCCUGACCUGUUGAGUAUAUUCAGCGUUUCACGUUUAGUCUUUGUGAGGAAAUCAGUCUUGUGGUUGUACAGGUGCGACUUGAGGAAGCUCUACACUUCGUGCAGCCUGGACUCAAAUACUCCCUUUGGAUUGCUCAAUAAGGUGUGGUUCGAGAUCUGUAUGUACUUCUGCACGAGGGGACGGGAGAACCAGAGGGAACUGGAGGAGGACUCGUUUGGCUUGGCCACGGAUGAGGAUGGUAGAAGAUAUGUCUACUAUAAAGCCUGUGGACCUUACCAUAAAUCCCGCAUGGUGACGUGGAGCAAGAAGAGAAUGUACGAGACUGGCACAGAGUUCUGCCCGUACGCCAGUUUUGUUAAGUACGUCUCAAAGCGUAACCCUCUCUGUAAGGCGUUCUUUCAAAGACCUAGGGACCACUGCAGCGAAAGUGACAUGGCCUGGUUUGAGAACAAAGCCAUUGGGAAAAAUCUGUUGGGUACCCGGAUGCAGAUGCUGUCCAAAGCUGCCAAACUUUCCAAGACUUACACCAACCACUGCAUAGGAGCGAUCUCCAUUGCCACCCUGAGCAGCAUUGCGGGCAUUGGCAGCAGGCUGGUGCCUCGUAGAUCUCCCCAAAACACUCUGGGUUCCCGUCCGCAGCGACCUUGCCCUUGCGCCGGGCAGGACCUCGGUGGAGGGGUUGUAGGGACGAAAGUGGAGCAAACCGCGACUCGCACUCUUUAUCAGCCCGUCUCAUCACACAACGCGAGGCGUUCGCCAAAGCGACUAUGCAUCCGUUCUUCCGAUCCCGCAGAUUCCCAGAACGUGAUUCCGCUUGGCAAUGGCUCACAGGAAUCCAUGCUUCCGGAAUCUGGUGACCUCCUUGGAGCCAAUCCAUCAAUAAUCAUAUCGACGAUCCAGGAUUAUCGGCAUAAUAUGUCCCGGCCGAUGCUGACUCGCUCUCCCGUGUCCCCGCUGGGAAACCAAGGCAUCCCAAUGCCAGCACAGCUGACCAAGUCUAACGCUCCCGUGCACAUCGAUGUGGGAGGCCACAUGUACACCAGCAGUCUGGCCACUUUAACUAAGUUUUCCGAUUCAAGGAUCGGCCGGCUCUUCGAUGGUACGGAGCCCAUUGUCCUCGACAGCCUCAAGCAGCACUACUUCAUCGACAGGGACGGGCAAAUGUUCCGCUACAUUCUCAACUUCCUCCGGACGUCCAAACUCUUUAUUCCUGACGACUUCAAAGACUACAGCCUGCUAUACGAAGAGGCUCGCUACUUCCAGCUGCAGCCUCUGCUGGCCGAGCUGGAACAUUGGAAGCAGGAACAGGAGCUGAGCCCCUUCUCGCGCCCGUGCGAGUGUCUGGUGGUGCGUGUGGCUCCGGACCUGGGCGAGCGCAUCACCCUGAGCGGAGACAAGGUCCUGAUCGAGGAGGUCUUCCCCGAGAUCGGAGACGUCAUGUGCAACUCCAUCAACGCCGGCUGGAACCACGACUCCACCCACGUCAUCCGUUUCCCCCUCAACGGCUACUGCCACCUCAACUCCGUGCAGGUCCUCGAGCGGUUACAAAUGAAGGGCUUCGAAAUAGUGGGAUCAAGCGGUGGCGGCGUUGACUCUUCCCAAUUUAGUGAAUACGUACUGAGGCGGGAAAUCAGGAGACUAUCUCGCAUCCCGCCAGUCAUCCGGAUAAAACAGGAACCAUUGGACUGAACUGACACAUCCAUGAAUUGAAAGAGAGAGAGAGAGAGAGCGGGAGAAAAAAAAUCUUUAAAAAAAUAAAUUUUAAAAACA